AUGUCUGGCUUUUACGGAAUUCCGCUCCCUGUCUUAACAGAUUCCUAUAAACCAUCGCAUUCUUUUCUGUUUCCUGAAGCAAAAAAGGCCGUUGCUUACGCAGAAUUUCGAAGUGGUUUUAAAAAUGAUAAUGAAGAUACGCGUAUCGUCUUUUAUGGAUUUCGCUACAUAAUUGAAAAUUAUAUCUCAGUGAAAUGGACGCGCAAAGAUGUUGAACUUGCCGAAAAAUUCUUUGCGACGCAUAAUGCUGGGUAUACUAAUUUCCCGUUCCCUAAGGAUUUGAUACUAAAGUUUAUUGAAGAAAAUGAUGGAUAUUUUCCGAUUAAGAUCGAAGCACUGCCCGAAGGAACUGUAGCACAUAAGCAUACGCCAGUAUUUCAGAUCACAACCGAAGGAGAAUAUACUCCUUUGCUUACUUAUCUUGAAACUUUACUAUUAAUGGCGUGGUAUCCAUCUACUGUGGCGACCUGCUCACGACGUGCACGCGAUGUAAUUGAAAAAGCAUAUCAAGACACAGUCGACGACGACGGAUAUUGGACUUUGGAAAGUCGUCUUCAUGAUUUUGGAUUUCGUGGAUGUACCGGUAUUGAGCAAUCAAUGCUUGGAGGAGCAGCUCAUCUUCUAAACUUUACAGGAACCGAUACAUUGAGCGCAGCUUAUUAUGUUCAAUACCAUUUAAACAACGGGAAGCCUAUUGGGUCUUCUAUUCCUGCCACUGAACAUUCCGUUAUGACUGCAUAUAAAACGGAACGGGAGGCUAUCUCGAAAAUGAUUGAACUAUUUGGUUUCGGCGCGUUUGCAUGUGUAAUGGAUUCAUACGACUACGCAUUUGCACUGGAAAAAAUAUUGCCUUCCGUUGCAUCGCAAAAACUUGAAAAAGGUGGUUUUAUGGUAUUACGACCUGACAGCGGUGAUCAAGUUGAAGUUGUUUUAAUGGCUCUGAGGGCAGCGGAGAAGGUUUUUGGAUGUGAUGUGAAUAAAAAAGGAUACAAAGUGUUACGUGGGUGCGGUGUUAUUCAAGGUGAUGCUGUCACUUCGGAAACUCUGUCUGCUAUCUUGGCUGCGGCUAAGGAAGCUGGUUAUUCGGCACAAAAUAUUGCUUUUGGAAUGGGCGGCGCACUUUUGCAGAAAGUUAAUAGGGAUACGAUGAGUUUUGCAUGCAAGCUAUCACAUAUAACAUAUUCAGAUGACACUAAACGAGAUGUUAUGAAAAUACCGAAAUCUGAUGGCGGAAAGAUAAGUUUGCCUGGUGAAUUUGUGGUGCAACGUAAUGCUGAAGGGGUCCCAAUUAUUCAUCCUAAAGAAUCGGCAGCUCCCAAUACCGAGAACCUACUCCGUGUUGUGUAUGAUCACGGAAAAGUAUGUGACUGGGAUGACUUUGACACUGUACGAAAACGUGUUGCCAAGGAAUGGUCUGCCUUACCGACCAAAUACGAUAAUAUUAGUCCUGAAUUACGCGUAAAAAUCGAUAAGACUAUUGAGACUCUAAAAAAGAAUCGAGAAUCUUUGCAAAUGGGUUAA